AUGAUUCAGUGUCCAACCGAUGACACUUAUCUAGCCAGCCCCGAGUUUUUAAGCUUCGCUCUGCACACACUGACAUGCAUCAGUCUCCCACUACAUGUUCUAGGAUUCUACUGUAUUCUAGAAAAGACCCCCAAAACAAUGGGUUCAGUUAAAUUACUCCUUUUGAAUAUACACACAUGUGGCUUUUUCCUGGAUAUCCUUAUUACAAUACUCGGGGUCCCUUAUGGGAUUUUCCCCGCAAUGGCUGGGUAUGGACUAGGAUUUGUUGAUUUGCCAGGCUUAUGUUUGUAUCUUAUUGUCAUGACCAUUAAUGCAAUUUCUGUUGGAAUUUUUUUGAUAUUCGAGAAUAGAUUUUUUAUUUUGUUUGCUGAAAAUAGUUGGUGGAGGCAUUUCAGAAAACCUGUAUUUGUUGCUAGUUAUGCAGUCUCAGUGAUCUAUUUUUUACCUGCCCAAUUUUUGAUUCCUGAACAAGAGGGUGCAAGGAAAUUUGUCUGGGAGUCCCUCGGAUGUCAACCAGUGUUACCCACCCAUCGAAACCUGUUUGUGCUAUCCUUGGAUUAUUCCGUAAUCGCACGCUCUAUUUUUAUCGCUUGCGGAAUGGUCCAGAUUGAGAUGAACGUAUUUUUCUGGCUCAAUGUGUACUAUUUGAUGAUAGCCAAACCGUCAACAAAAAUCUCUCAAAGAACUCAACAAUUACAGAAGAAAUUAGUGAAAGCUUUGUUUGUACAGGGUAUCGCUACUAUCGACUUGUUCGCUAUUCCCAUAGCAACUGUGGUGUAUAUCAUGAAUGUCUGGUAUCAUAAUCAAGCAAUCAAUAAUUUAGUAUUUGUUGGAUUAGCUUUUCAUGGAACAGCGUCAAGUUUGAUAAUGAUUUUUAUACACAAGCCAUACAGAGACUUCGUUUUGAGUCCGUUUGUGAGGUUGAAGGUUCCUAAUGUGCUAGUUGGAACUAAAAGAUCCCCGGAUUUGGGUUUUGUGGGGCCUACAGUAAUUGAGGCAUCUUAA